AUGCAAAAUGGACAAGAUAAAGAACAGGACAAGGUUACUCACACUUUAGUUUAUGCACCAAAUGAAGACUCAAAAGAUGAAGAAAAGGACAACUUCUACCAACAACUAGAUAAAGUCAUAAAAGAAAAUAAAAAGUCCACUGACCAUGUGAUCAUUAUGGGUGACCUCAACGCAAAAAUAGGAGAAGAAAAAGUCCAGCAAAUAGUCGGGCCCUAUGGGUUAGGCUCUAGAAACAAUAACAGUGAACGUCUCAUAGACUUCGUAAGAGAACACAAGUUGAUGGCAACAAAUACCUGGGAAGAGAAAGAAAGAUUCUAUGCAGAAAAAUGCAAAGAACUGGAAGAACUUGAUAAAAAGCAUUCUCCAAAACUGUACAACAAAAUAGAAGAAUUCCGCAGCAACAAAACGCAAGUGAGAUCUAACAUCCAGGACAAGAAUGGGAAGAUGCUACAAAAUAUGAGUGACAUGUUAAUUAGGUGGCAGGAAUAUACUGAAGAGCUAUAUUGUGACCCAAGCAAACAAGGAGCAGGAGUUAAGAACUAUCAUGGAGAGACACUGUCACCAAUAAUGGAAUCGGAGUUGAUAAAAAGCAGAAUUACACCCAUCAUUGAAAGGAACCUUACUGAAAGUCAAUAUGGAUUCAGAAAAGGAAAAGAAACUAGAGACGCAAUACAUCUUAGACUGAUAGGAGAGAAAAUGAUAGACAAAGGAAAGAUGCUCUAUAUAUGCUUCAUAGAUUACACCAAAGCGUUUGAUAGGGUCCAGCAUAACAAACUUCUGGAAAUCCUAGAGGAAGCAGAGAUUCCAUUCCAUGAAAGACGAAUUAUUGCUAACAUCCCCUUCUUUCCAAAAAAUGCAUAUUGGAAGUGUAAACAUUUCAUGAGAAGGAAUAUCAGUAUGACUUUGAAAAAGAGACUACUAAACUGCUACGUGAAGUCGGUUAUGAGUUGUGGAAGUGAAACAUGGACAUACACGAAAGAAAGACUAAACAUCAAGGAACGAUGGGCCGAUGAAUUUGCCAGAAGAAAAAUGAGGUAUGCAGGACAUAAAAUCAGAGAAAAGGGAAAUACCAUACAGAAAAUCACUAUUGAAGGAAUUCUGGAAGGAACUAGACCAAGAGGUAGACCAAGAAGAUCGUGGACACAGGAUGUGAAGGAAUGGAGUAGUAGCAGUAACUGGGUUAGCAGCUUAGUCUCACCUCAGAAGCAUAAUUACCUUCCUUUUGAUCUGAUCACCUUUUGUCCUUAA